AGUUGGCUAGUUUGGUUUGUGAAAUCGUCGUCCCUCCCAGUCGCGCCGCGCUACCGCUCUAUCCGCCAUUUUGAUUUCUACUUUCGCGUGCGUUGCGUCACGGCGUUAGGCUACCAUAUAAGUGACUUAAAUUAAGUGAAAAUACGUUUUAAAGUGUAAUUAACACAACAUAUUUUAAAUCCCAGGAAAACAUAUGCAUACCCAAGCCAUGAACCACUACGGUAAUCAAAGAGGUUUUGGAGGGCCGCCCCAGCCUCAGAGACAGGGCGGUCGCCGUGGAAAUAAUAGAGGUGGAUUUAGAGGACCAACACGUUUUGAUCAAAACAACCAAAAUCAGAGGAAUCAAAAUCAGCAGCAAGGAGGUCAACGCCCCAGUAACGAGCCUAAGCCUGCUCCCCAAGUUGAAAAGCCCCAGCAGCAGGCUCCACAACAGCAACAGCGUCCACAGCAGCAGCAGCAACCACAACAACAACCGCAGCAGCAGCGCCCACAGCAACAACAACAGCAACAACAACAGCAACAGCAGCAAAGGCCGCAGCAGGCACCAGCCCAGCCAUCACCAGCUGCCACACCGCAGAAGCAGGAUGCUCCAGUAGCAGCACCACAGCAGCAGAAACCUAAUACCACCCCCAAUAAGCCUGCGGCCCAAGAUAGUGUUGAUAAUGUAAUUGUAAUUGAUGACCCACCAUCAAAACCAGCCAACCAAAACCAGCAGAAGAACAUGAAUGGAAACUUCGGAGGCAACAAACAAGGUGGCUGGCAAGGUGGAAACAAGCAAGGUGGCAACUUUAACCAAAGCAGCAACUUUAACCAAGGCGGCAACUUUAACCAAGGUGGCAACUUCCAACAUGGACAAAACCAGGGCCAGGGUGGUAAAUUUGGUGGCAAUAAGAACUUCGGCCAGGGCGGCCAAGGAGGACCCUUCGGUCAGAAGCAGGGAGGCCCCGGUGGCCCUGGUGGCCCUGGUGGCCCAGGUGGCCCUGCCCGGAACCAGCAGAGGCAAAGCCGAGGCCCCAUGCAGGAUAAUCAGGGAAAGCCAGGACAGAGAGAGGAACAAAUGCUUGCCAAUAAGUUGAAGGAUCUGGUGGGACCACUGGUUGACUUGCCCCCCCUAGACCAGUCUGAACUCAAAUUCAACGGCCGGAGCCGCCUGUACAUUGGCAACUUCACAUCAGAUAUGACCGAAGAAGAAAUACUGGGCCUGUUCGCCCCAUAUGGAGAAACAUCAGAAUUGUUCCUUAACAAGGAGAAGAACUUUGGAUUUAUUAAAAUGGACUACAGAGUAAACGCAGAGAAAGCCAAACGUGAGUUGGACGGCAAAAUGCGAAACGGCCGAACAUUGCGAGUCAGAUUCGCGCCCCACAACAGCGCAGUCCGCGUCAAGAACCUGCCCCCGUUCGUGUCCAACGAGCUGUUGUACCGCGCCUUCGAGAUCUUCGGCAAGAUCGAGAGGGCCUACGUCAAGGUGGACGAGCGCGGGAAGUCCAUUGGCGAAGGCGUGGUGGAGUACGCUAGGAAGCCCAGCGCUUUAGCGGCCAUUCGCAACUGCACUGAGCGAUGCUUCUUCUUGACCUCGUCGCUACGACCAGUAAUUGUGGAAAGCUUUGAGGAACCUGAUGAGUUUGAUGGUUACCCAGAGAAGAACCUGCCCAAGAAGCACCCUGAUUUCCUACGCGCCCGUGAGUUCGGGCCGCGCUUCUCCGAGGCCAACAGCUUCGAGCACGAAUACGGCACCAGGUGGAAGCAGCUGCACGAGCUGCACCGCCAGAAGGAGGAGGCCCUGAAGAAGGAGCUGGCCGCCGAGGAGGAGAAACUGGAGGCCCAGAUGGAGUAUGCCAAAUACGAGCACGAGACAGAGCUGCUGCGCGAGCAGCUCCGCCAGCGCGAGCAGGACCGCGAGCGCCAGAAGCGCUCCUGGGAGCUGGCCGAGCGCGCCGCCAACGAGCGCCGCGAGCAGGAGCGCGCGCUGCUGCUGCGCCAGGAGGAGGACCUCACGCAGCGCAUGCGCCACCAGGACGACGAGCUGCGCCGCCGCCAGCAGGAGAACACGCUCUUCGUGCAGGUAUGUUGUUGUCUGACCGAGCAGGAGCGCGCGCUGCUGCUGCGCCAGGAGGAGGACCUCACGCAGCGCAUGCGCCACCAGGACGACGAGCUGCGCCGCCGCCAGCAGGAGAACACGCUCUUCGUGCAGGUAUGUUGUUGUCUGACCGAGCAGGAGCGCGCGCUGCUGCUGCGCCAGGAGGAGGACCUCACGCAGCGCAUGCGCCACCAGGACGACGAGCUGCGCCGCCGCCAGCAGGAGAACACGCUCUUCGUGCAGGUAUGUUGUUGUCUGACCGAGCAGGAGCGCGCGCUGCUGCUGCGCCAGGAGGAGGACCUCACGCAGCGCAUGCGCCACCAGGACGACGAGCUGCGCCGCCGCCAGCAGGAGAACACGCUCUUCGUGCAGGUAUGUUGUUGUCUGACCGAGCAGGAGCGCGCGCUGCUGCUGCGCCAGGAGGAGGACCUCACGCAGCGCAUGCGCCACCAGGACGACGAGCUGCGCCGCCGCCAGCAGGAGAACACGCUCUUCGUGCAGGUAUGUUGUUGUCUGACCGAGCAGGAGCGCGCGCUGCUGCUGCGCCAGGAGGAGGACCUCACGCAGCGCAUGCGCCACCAGGACGACGAGCUGCGCCGCCGCCAGCAGGAGAACACGCUCUUCGUGCAGGUAUGUUGUUGUCUGACCGAGCAGGAGCGCGCGCUGCUGCUGCGCCAGGAGGAGGACCUCACGCAGCGCAUGCGCCACCAGGACGACGAGCUGCGCCGCCGCCAGCAGGAGAACACGCUCUUCGUGCAGGUAUGUUGUUGUCUGACCGAGCAGGAGCGCGCGCUGCUGCUGCGCCAGGAGGAGGACCUCACGCAGCGCAUGCGCCACCAGGACGACGAGCUGCGCCGCCGCCAGCAGGAGAACACGCUCUUCGUGCAGGUAUGUUGUUGUCUGACCGAGCAGGAGCGCGCGCUGCUGCUGCGCCAGGAGGAGGACCUCACGCAGCGCAUGCGCCACCAGGACGACGAGCUGCGCCGCCGCCAGCAGGAGAACACGCUCUUCGUGCAGGUAUGUUGUUGUCUGACCGAGCAGGAGCGCGCGCUGCUGCUGCGCCAGGAGGAGGACCUCACGCAGCGCAUGCGCCACCAGGACGACGAGCUGCGCCGCCGCCAGCAGGAGAACACGCUCUUCGUGCAGGUAUGUUGUUGUCUGACCGAGCAGGAGCGCGCGCUGCUGCUGCGCCAGGAGGAGGACCUCACGCAGCGCAUGCGCCACCAGGACGACGAGCUGCGCCGCCGCCAGCAGGAGAACACGCUCUUCGUGCAGGUAUGUUGUUGUCUGACCGAGCAGGAGCGCGCGCUGCUGCUGCGCCAGGAGGAGGACCUCACGCAGCGCAUGCGCCACCAGGACGACGAGCUGCGCCGCCGCCAGCAGGAGAACACGCUCUUCGUGCAGGCCCAGCGACUCAACUCCAUGUUGGAUCGCCAAGAACAAGGCAUGUUCGACCAACAGCAGCCAAUGGACGGAGGCUUCAGGGACGGAGGCUUCGACAUGCCCCCACGCGGUGGGUACGAUGACAUGCCGCAGGGCCGCGGCUGGGACAACCCGCGCCAAAUGGACGAUUUCCCUAACAAACGCCGACGAUUCUAAACACGCCGCUGCUGACAUGACCUGCAACACUGUUGCGGCCGCUUAACACGUCGUCUACGGUUAAAUUAAAUAUAAAGCGACCAAACAAUGUUCUGCAGCCAGAGUGCAGCACUAGCACGAACCGUAAACCAUAGAGUAAAUUAUGUAUACUAUGCUGUAAACAGUUUUUUGACAUUUUCAAAGAUUAUUUGGUAUAAAUAUGACAUUGAUGCAUCGAGGCGGUUUGUUUACUGUUUGUGCUAGUGGCGCCCCCUUCGCAGAUUUUGCGUAAUAUUCCAUAUUAACGAAAUAUUUCCAAUAUAAUUCGUAGCUCUUAACAUAGCUAAAAUUACUUUACUUAUCCUGGGACAUCUUAAAUCCGCUACGUAUAUUUAAUUUAAUCGCAGAUUUUUAGUACACUGACUUCUGUGUCAUUAAUUCAUCUCUAAUAACUUAAGUGACUUGCGAUUAAAAGUUAUAAAUUGAAUGUAACUCGUAAGCGAAUUAUCGCGCGUUAGCUAUGCGAUAUUUUUUUAUUUAGUAUGAAUGAGGGGUAUGAAUGAGAUACAUGUAUUGUAGAAUAAGAUAGAUCGUACUUUAGAGGCAUCUUAUGUAUUAAAUAAAAGUAUAUAAACGGUUUCCGUUGCUGAAAUGCGACAUUACAUUAAAGUAUUCAGUAUUUUUCAUGAUAAAUGGUAACUCAGACACAGAACGUGCCAGUCACUCGUAAAGCGACUGCACGUUGUUUCAUCAUACGCAUUCAGGUGUCCAAUUAGUUUUCUUUUUCUCUUAUAAAUCGAUUUUGGUGGAGAAUUAGUUUAAAAGUAUUUUUUUAAUUUGAGGUCACAAAUUUAAUUAUUCGUAUGUAAUAAAAUAAUGCGGAAAUAUUAAUUCAUAUAUAUAUUUUGAAAACAAACACGUAUUUUGUCUGAAGAUAUGAAUACUAUUUUUUCUAUUUUCCGUUUUGCCAUUAUUAUGAAUUCAGUAAUCUAUGCUUUGUGCAAACACCAAGGUUUAUAAAAAAAUCUUGCUUUAAGGUACAAAAAUUACAAAUGGCAGGUGCGUGUGAUGGGACCUACCGAUCAAAUAUAACUUAUUUUGUAAUUUUUUUAACAUUUUCACAACACACCUUCUCAGACAUUGCCUUUUCAUGCCAAAGCAUGAUUAAGUAGUUCUCUGUUUUAUAUAUAAGGUCCGGUUCUGACGGACUGCAACUUGUAUGGGAACUGCAUGCCGACUGCACUCCAACUGCAACGUCGACGUGCAGUUCCCAUACAAGUUGCAGUCGAGUUGCAGUCCGUCUGAACCGGCCCUUAGUUUUAUGUUUUAUAUGACUAAAUAGUGCGGUUGCUAGACAAUUCGAAAAGUAGGUUUAUUGGAUUGAGAGAUGUGACAGUGUGCGCGUGCUUUAAUUAGGUAACUACGUAUAGAUAUUUUAGCCCUUUAUCGCGUAUUAUUCGAGUUAAUUCAUUGCAUAUUUUAGGUUUGUAUUAAGGUUUUAAUUUAAGUCUACUAUCUGAAAUGUAAAUCGAUAAAGGGUUAAAUCUUGACAUUGAUUAUUUAUGAACAUUAAAUAAAAGUCAACUUUAUAAUAAAUUACCACUUAAAUAUCACAAA